CUUGGACUGUGUUUUGUACAAAAGCGCAUGAUUCCCAAUCCCGAUUUGGGUCGUUUUUGUUCCCGAGUCUCUAGACUAUCUCUCAUCUCUAGCAAGCAACAGUUGGGCUUCAGAGUCAAUGCAUCUCCAUCUGCUUAGCGAUUCAUUCCUUCAAAUUACGAGAGCGUUCACUUAUAUCAACCACCGCUCUUGAACUCUCCGAAAUCCCGCAACUUCAACCAAUCUCAGAGACAAGAAUAUCUACCAACUUGCAACAACAACAUCAACAACUCUCCAUUACCGCGAGUGACUUGUUGUCGUCUCUUGUGAAACGUCGUCCGUCGACUGUUGGCCUACCGCCUCUCCCGUUUGCGAAUCAACAAAGUGAAAACCCCUGUUUUCAACUACUGCCAAGAUGACGCAGAUGAAGAAAGAGGACAUUGAAGGCCUGGGACCCGUCUCAACACACUCGCAAAACGGCCAGGUCCUGGAGGACCCCAACUCGUCCUACGAUGCCGUCUUCGGCGAGAUCAAAGAGGGUGGCCCCAACUACCGUAAUGUUGGCUGGAAGGGAACCGUAGCUCUCAUGAUGAAGACCCAGAUCGGCCUGGGUGUUCUGUCCAUCCCCAAUGUCUUUGACGUCCUGGGCAUCGUGCCGGGCGUUAUCGCCCUGAUCGCCAUCGCCGCCAUCACGACGUGGUCCGACUACAUCGUCGGUGUUUUCAAGCUCCGCCAUCCCGAGGUCUACGGUAUCGACGACGUCGGACGCUUGCUGUUCGGCCGAGUCGGACGCGAAUUCUUCGGAAUCGUCUUCUGCCUCUACUGGAUCUUCGUUGCCGGUUCUGGCAUGCUCGGUGCCUCGAUUGCGCUCAAUGCGGUCUCCAUGCACGGCGCAUGCACCGCCGUCUUCGUUGCGGUGGCCGCCCUCAUCGGGUUCGGCUUUGGAAGCAUCCAGACGCUGGGGAAGAUUACCUGGUUCGCAUGGAUCGGUCUCAUCUGCAUCUUGUCUUCGAUCUUUGCCGUCACCGUCGCCGUAGGAGUCCAAGACCGACCAGCCGCCGCGCCCCAAGAGGGUCACUGGACCUCCGACUACAAGGUCAUCGGGAGCCCGACCUUCGCCGAGGCCUCGUCCGCGCUGUCCACCCUGGUCUUCGCCUUCGCCGGCACGCCGGCCUUCUUCUCCAUCGUGUCCGAGAUGCGGGACCCCCGUCACUACACCCGCGCCCUGAUCAUCUGCCAGAGCGGUGUCACGGCCACCUACAUCGCCAUCGGGUGCGUCGUCUACUAUUUCUGCGGCUCAUACGUCGCUUCGCCCGCCCUGGGCUCGGCCGGCGCAACCAUGAAGAGGAUCUGCUACGGCCUGGCUUUCCCCGGCUUGAUCGUGACCACGACUCUGGUUAUCCACCUUCCUGCCAAGUACAUCUUCGUCCGGAUGCUGCGUGGAUCCCGGCAUUUGACCGAGAACACGAUCAAACACUGGGGCAUCUGGCUUGGUUGCACCUUUAGCAUCACCGUGAUCGCAUACAUCAUUGCCAGCUCCAUCCCUGUUUUCGACGGGCUCGUGUCACUUGUCGGUGCGCUCUUUGGCACGCUCCUGUCCUUCCAGCCCAUGGGCUGCAUGUGGCUGUACGACCACUGGACCGAGGGCAAGUUUGAGAAGAGGCCGAGGUGGAUUGCCAUGGUCUGCUUCAGCGUCUUCGUCGUUGUCAGCGGUACCUUCCUGAUGAUUGCCGGAGCCUAUGGCUCGAUUGUCGGGAUAUUGGACAGCUACAAGGUGUCCGGGGGCUCGGCGGCAUUUUCCUGCGCCGACAACUCCAACUCUGUCUGACGUGCCCCCCGGAGAUUCGUCCGCGGGGAGUUUUUCGAAGCUCCAUGCUUAUUGUUAGAAAUAUACCCAAUCUGUUCUAUUCUUGCCAAUA